CUUGUCGGUCCAACCCCAACCAAAAGCAUAUAAAAUCAACCGCUGGCCAAGAUUUGAAGGGUAGAAAUUCACUCAAAAGGUGCAAGUCGAACCAGUUGAGCUCAAAUAUCAGAACCCCCAUCUUUGUCCUUCAAGUAUGUUCAAGGUUGCAUUCAGAAAAAAUGUCACCAUUUCAAGAGCUCUUUCAGCUUGUCCGAGCUUCAAUAUGAGAUUUUCAUCCCAUGCUGGGAGGCUUGUAGGCAAAGUGGCACUGAUUACCGGAGCAGCAAGCGGCAUAGGUAAGGCAACCGCAUCGAAAUUCAUCAGCAAUGGCGCCAAAGUUGUCAUUGCCGAUAUCCAACAGGACCUCGGCCAGCUUACGGCGAAAGAGCUCGGUCCAAACGCGACGUUCAUUGCCUGUGAUGUUACGAAAGAGUCCGACAUCUCCAACGCCGUUGAUUUCACCAUCUCCGAACAUAGCCAGCUUGACAUUAUGUACAGCAAUGCUGGGGUACCCUGCUACACACCCCCGAGCAUGGUGGAUCUCGACCUAGCAGCAUUCGACCGUGUCAUGAGCAUUAACGUGCGUGGAGUCGUGGCAGGAAUGAAGCACGCAUCGCGCGUGAUGAUCCCGCGUAAAACCGGCUCCAUUCUUUGCACAGCCAGCGUGACGGGACUGAUGGGAGGACUAGCACAGCACACAUAUUCCGUCUCCAAGUCUGCUGUCAUUGGCAUUGUGAAGUCCGUGGCUUCAGAGCUAUGCAGGCAUGGAAUCCGAGUCAACAGCAUAUCGCCAUUUGCGAUUCCAACCCCGUUUGUGAUCGAGGAACUGACUCAAAUUUUCCCGGGGGUUGAUAGACAACGGCUGAUGGAAAUAACGCACAGUGCAGGAGUCUUGGCCGGCGCAAAAUGCGAACCCAACGACGUUGCCAACGCUGCACUUUACCUAGCUUCAGAUGAGGCUAAAUAUGUUAGUGGCCAUAAUUUGGUUGUUGAUGGAGGUUUUACAUCUUUCAAGAAUUUGGAAUUUCCUGCACCAGAUCAGGUGCAUUAAGCAUUCAUUCAUUGUCACUACUUAUUUGCAAAUUGCAAAGUGAUGUAGAACAAAUAGCAAGUGGAUUGAAGAGGAGAUGGACAGACGGAACGGGAAUUUUCAUAUUUGGCGUCCAUGUUCCAAUUUUGGCUCAUGGCACUUUUCUGGAAAGAAAACGACGUUGUGGUUUAAACUCACUGCUUUGCUGUAAUGUACGAUGGAAUUUCGCCAUCCGAGACCGUUUAGACUCCCAAAACUGCAUUUUAAAAUCUGUAAUAAAAAUCGAACUUUUCAUUUGUCAUCCAAUUAAUGUCGUUCUUGAGUUAUUCCAAGGUGUUGUAAUCAUUUUAUUUAAGCCAUUGGCUGGCUCCUGUUGUAAUCAUCUAUCAAUUAUUAAUCAAACAACCGUUUGAGAUUUCUCUCGAAA